GGCAUUGGUUUUUCUCCCCUUCCUCUUGCAAAGACCCUUGUAUCUGAUCUAUACUCCUGGGUUGUACACUUGUGAGGCAGAAACCUCUACUCUCAAGAAGAGGGAAGACUGGCAAACCUUAGCUGCUGGUAGGGCUUGUUUCUCUAAAUUCUUAGUUGUAAGUCACUCAGACACAGUCCUCUUCCCUGCUUCUGUUGCUUUGGUUGCUGAUCUUCCUCAGAGCUUUCCAGUGCCUCAGCCUUUUUCCUUUUAACCAACCCUCUGUUCAAGUGCUUUCUCCAGAAGAAAGGCAUCUUACUUACCUACAACUAGCUUCAUCCUGCAGCCCUCCCUUCUCCAUCUAGCCAAACUGGUUUGAGUCAGCCACACUCCCUCCCCAGCUCCUGGGGCUCUUCAGAUGAUGGCUGGCCACUCAGCCCCACCCCUGGGCUUGGAGCCCUGAGUCAGCUCCAUCUUCACCUGAGCCAAAUCAAACCUGAGGCUGGAGCCGAAACUCAGAGUUCCUCAAUGCCUAUAGCCAGGUGAUGCAGGACGAGGAGAAGGCAGUGGAGAUUGUGGUGAGCAACAUGACAACUGCUCAUUCUCCAUCCCCCAUCCGCGGCUGCUGGCUCCGCCUCCGCUGCUUGGCAGCUACUAGCAUUAUCUGUGGCUGCUCUUGCCUGGGAGUCAUGGCUCUUGUGUUUGCCAUCAAGGCAGAAGAGCGACAUAAGGCAGGCCGAUUCGAGGAGGCAGUGCACUGGGGGGUCCGGUCCCGGAGGCUCAUCCUGGCCAGCUUUGCCGUCUGGCUUGCUGUCCUCAUUCUAUGCCCUGUGCUGCUGUGGCUGCUUUCCUACGCCAUCACUCAGGCUGAAUGACCCUGACUGGCCUGUGCUGAGAGUCAGCUGAGACAUGUUGGAUCCAACAGUGCAACAUUGCUAAGUUCUGGUGACAGCAGUGGUCCUUCUUGGCUGGAAGGGUGGGGCUUCUCUCAAGGGCCUUUGGAAGAGCUCUUCUAGCCUUUUAUAACAAGAGCUAAGACUGGGGAGGGGUGAUCAGCUGGCUCUGUUUCAAUGCCCUCCACCUUCUCUCUAUCCUGCUCCACUCCAUCCUAGGGGCUUCUACCCAGAGGAGGGGGUUGAAGACCAGGCCUAAUUUUAUUAGAAUUUGUUUUGUAAUAAAAACCUCUUUUGGUGUUGAAA